UUGUCAAUUUUCAUCAAACAAAAAUCAUGUCAUGUUUUUGGUUAUGAAUAUUUCGCUUAUAAUAAUUGUAUUUAACUGAAAUUGUGCUUAUUUAUUAGGUAUGUCAGUCCGUUUAUUUCACACCUUUAUUAAUACACUGAGAAGUAAUCUCCCUAAACAUGCAAACUUUAUAAAAACAGGUCGUAUUCAAGUAAGACAGUUAGCCAUGAGCGUUGCGUCGGAAAAUGUGGACAAAGACAGUGAACUCGUUAAUAAACAGCAUACAAGAUACCACCAGCGGCAGCGUAUGAAGCGGCAAUGGGAGUUUAACGAUAACAAGACAGAAACAAGUGAAAAUGGCGAAAGUGACGCCAAAAAGACUUGUGACCAGCCAUUUGAACGAAUUAAGAGGAAGAAGAUGGCUGUGUUGUUAGGUUAUUGUGGCGUAGACUAUUAUGGAAUGCAGAGAAACCCAGGCGUAAAGACAAUAGAAGAAGAUCUAUUAAUCGCUCUACGUGAUGCUAAAUAUAUAACAGAAGAGGAUUUUGUUAACCAACAGAACGCCCAGUUUCAGAGGAGCUCUAGAACAGACAAGGGUGUGUCUGCAGCGAGACAAGUUGUAUCCUUGAAACUUCCGUUAGAAGUAAAUACAGAAGAAAUUAACAAAAGACUACCGGAAUGCAUCAGAGUGUUUGGAAUCAAGAGAGUUACAAAUAAAUUCAACUCAAAAUCAAAGUGCAAUGCACGAACAUAUAGCUAUACUCUUCCCACCUAUGUGUUUGAGCCUAAUGCCGUUACGGAUGAAGAGAGAAAGCUAUAUCGAAUAACGGGAGAGAAAAUGAACUUUGUAAAUGAAUUGCUUAGCCAUUAUAAGGGAACUAAGAGUUAUCACAAUUUUACAGAGAAGAAGCAUUAUCAGGACCCAUCAGCAUCAAGAUACAUGAUGAGCUUCUCUAUGGAAAGGACUUUUAUUGAAUCUGAAGUAGAAUUUGCAGAAAUGUUGGUAAAGGGACAAAGCUUCAUGUUGCAUCAGAUUAGGAAGAUGAUCGGUUUGGUGAUAGUCAUAGCUCGUGGUCAAGCCGAACCAUCGAUGAUGGAGAGAGUCUUCGGCAAGGACAAGGUCAUGAUACCCACUGCGCCUGGUUUGGGGCUAAUGUUGGAUAAGGUGCACUACGAGCGGUACGAUGCAAAGUUCAAAGAUUCCCACGAAAGUUUGACCUGGGACGACAUGGAGGAAGAAAUAGAGCUAUUCAAGCGGCAACAAAUACAUCCAACUGUGAUUAGAGGGGAAAUAGAAGGGAAAUCUAUGGCGUGUUGGCUUGAGAAAGUGGCAAAACACUCAUUUGUACCAAAUGAAGAUGUGGCUGAAGAGAAAACUGAACUGGGUGAAGAUGAUGAUGAAGAUGAUGAAACUAGUAAAGUGGAUGAUAAAUGUGAUGGUGAUGACAAACUAGAAACAAAUAGUGUUAAAACAAAUGACGAAGAUGAUAAAAGUAAACUUGAUGUGAAAAAACUCGAAGAGAAUAAUGUUAAAUCAAAUGAGGAAGAAGGUGUAAGUGUAAAGUGUGAUGGAGAUGAAGGUAAUUUAUGUAAAAGUGAUGAUAGUGUUAGUGUAAAGUUGGAUAAGAAAGAUAGUGUUAUACAGUAGUAUAAGGAUAAUGUAUUAAAUGUUUAAUACUUGGCAGAGCCGA